AUGGGUGUGAUGAUACAGGUUCCCAACCUGUCCAGGAUCCUGUGUUUUUCUUUUCAUCUUAUCCUCAUUCUGCUUCAACAGACUACUGCAGAACGAGAAUUGAAGUUUGUGGUUGUAGUUUUCCGACAUGGUGACCGAACACCAAUUGUAAACUUUCCAACUGAUCUACACAAAGAAAGCGAAUGGCCCCAGGGAUUUGGACAACUCACCAAGACUGGAAUGCAGCAGCUGUUUGAACUUGGACAGUACAUGCGGAAACGAUAUUCCACCUUCUUGAACAGCACAUACAACCGGCAAGAGUUUUACAUCCAAAGUACAGAUUAUGAUCGCACCAUUAUGAGUGCCCAGUCGUACCUUUCUGGCCUCUUUCCACCAACUAGCAGCCAAAUUUGGAACCCUGAGCUUCUCUGGCAACCCAUUCCAGUUCAUAUUUUUCAAAAAUCAACAGAGCGGAGGCUGAACUUUCCUCUGCCUGACUGUCCCCUUUUUGAUAAACUUCAGAAUGAAACACAAACAUCCAGUGAAUUUCAAAAUAGAAUACAACCAUACAUGGAUUUUAUACAAACAAUGGCUGUUAACACAGGACUUGAACUAAACAAUCUUAAAAUACUGGACAAUUUCCAGCUCUGGAAUACAUAUGAUACUCUACAUUGUGAGGGUAUUCACAAUUACACUCUCCCUGUAUGGGCCACCAAAGAUGUAAUUGACAAGAUGGAAAAACUGGCAGAAUUGUCCUUAUUAUCACUAUUUGGGCUUUAUAAAACAGAAGAGAAAUCACGACUACAAGGAGGUGUCCUUGUGAAUAUUAUUUUAAAUAGUAUUAAACAAGCUGCCAAUUCUUCAAAACCAAGAAAAAUGGAGGUCUACUCUGCACAUGACACCACAGUUGGGGCUCUCCAGAUUGCUCUCAAUAUUUUCAAUGGAAAACUGCCACCAUAUGCUGCUUGCCAGUUUUUUGAACUCUACCAAGAAAGCAACGGGCGAUAUAGCAUCGAAAUGCAUUAUAGGAAUGACACUUCAAAGGAUCCUUACCUGCUCACUUUGCCAGGAUGCACCUCUUCUUGUCCACUUGAGAAGUUUGCUGAACUAGUUUCUCCUGUGAUAACAGAAAAUUGGUCAAAAGAAUGUGGGAAGAAAGACAAUGUGAAAGAUGUUUUUAUCGGAUUUGAUGUUGCUGUUGGCUUGUUGUCCAUUUUUAACCUUGUACUCCUUUACCUCCUUUAUCAUUAUGGACGCUGCAGGCGCAGAAGCAAUUAUCAAGACAUUUAAAGGGGAGGUGAAGAAACAAAAGAGAGAGCAGCUAGACACUGAACAAUACUUGAAGUUGCUGAUAUCCAUCAGUUUGCUCUGGUCCAAUUAAUCUCCAAAGCAUAUUCAAUAAAUUUGAAGAGCUGAGGUAUCUGUGGCCUAGCUCCUAAAAUUCUAAACAACUUCAGUGAGAAAUACUGUAGUAAUAUGUAAAUGUUAAGAAUUACUGGAUGGAUGGAAUCACUUUAAUUUAUAUCUUUAGGUUUUCUACUACUAUUAGUCAAUCUUAUAUCAAUGGGUAAGGUGAAGGGAUGCUAUUGCCUAUACUUUUUUUUUUAAUAUUGUCUAUUACCACUUAGCCCUUCGCUGCUUAACAAGUCUUUCUUCAAAAUCACAGUCUGUAAUAUUUUCUUUACUUCUUAUAAAUGAAUAUUUUGUUGAUACACAGGAAAAUGUUUUUAGUGAGCAGAAGCUGCAAUCACUGUAUGAAAAAGAUUCAUACCAUCACAUGGACAUACUAUUUCUGCAUUUAUUCACGCAAAUCUAUUAAUGAGAUUUGACCUUGGCCUUCGGCUAAUAAAAGUCUUCAGCCUGCUUUUUAAAGGAGUUACACUACUAUAGCUCUCACUGAAAUAAGUAGAAACUGGAAUAAUCUCUGUCACACAUCCAGGCAUCAAGUAAAAAGCUUAGUGCAACAGCAUCUUGGUCAGCGUCCACAACUUCAGUAGUACAGAUAAGUAAAUACAUUAAAAUCUAUUUUCUGCCAUUACACUGAUUUCCUAUUUUUCUGAGCUCUAAGUCAUUAAUGAUCCUUUGCCCUGCAACUUUUCUACAAUGUCUCUGUUCUCUGUCCUGCUUCAGGUCCUGUCCAUAAUUUUAUUCUUUUGAGCCACUCUUACAAUAACUCCUCAAGCUAUCACACUUGUCAUCAUCUUUAAUUUUAAUCUACAAUAAUUUGUUUAACUCCCUGUUCUUUUUGAAAUCCUGUAUGUUAGCAAGACAUGCACUGAAGUAAGAAAACAAUGAUUCUGCUUUUUGUAUUCUGCGCAAUAUAUUUUGUUUAGAUUAUAAGCUCCUAAUGGCAGGGAAUGCCAUAACUGCUCUCUAGUAUCAUAAACUAGUAUAAUAAGCACUAAUAUUGCUGUAUAAAAUCCUGCUUAUCAUCAUAUGUUUCAAGGGUUGAAUCAAGACUUUUAUAUCCUGUAGUCCUGAAGAUGAUACUGUGAAUUCCAUUACCACAGAGAAGUCUUUUUAAAAGUCAAGGCAACUAUACAAACAGGUGCCAACAGCAGGUUCAGCCCAACAGAUACAAGUUCAAGCUAAUGUGCCCAAGCUUAUGUGUCCUGUUGAGAUGCACAAGUCUAGAGAAAGCUG